CAUGAAUAUCGGUCCCCACAAGCGGCAUUGAUGUGAUGUGUGGCUGUGUGCAGAAUGUCGGCUGCAAAGUGUCAUCGAAGUGGUAUCCCGCGGGCUGCCCUCCCCUGCUCAAGCAAACUCCCCUCUCUCACAUCCACGGGAUCACGCUGGAUGGCGCUGACGGCACUUGAUUCCUCCCUCCUUGCACACCAAACGCCCUCUGUUCGUCACUGGGUACAUGGCUGGUAUUUUCCUUCUCGCAUCAUCGUGAUUAAAUAUGAACACCUCCCAUGGUUUCAAGCGCAACAUCAGUCCGACAGUUGCAAUCAAGGUAUGCUGCAUUCCGUUUCCCCGCGCACGCAAUUCCCACCGAAAGAUCGACUGGCGUGUUAGAUAUGGCCCCCGAUGCGCUCUCCGAGCACUGUCGACAUCCGUGAUCUCGACUAACCUCUCCCACAAUCAACGCCGCGUUCUGCUGGAUCUGGACUCGGCUUCGGGAGCACCCUCAAAGAAUCUAUUCAGUUUAGGCUUUGCUAAACCUCCCGAAUCUCCACGCCCCGACGUGCCCUCAGUCGGUUCAGCACCGUGUCAAGAGGAGCACCAUGCUCUGUUGCGCGAAUGGGUUCAGAGCGAGCGUGUAUUUCUGAGUGACCUCGAACUUGCCCUCCAGCGUCUGGGGUUUCUGAAAGUCGGGGACUGGGCUCCGGCCGAAGCUGCCUUGGCUGCCUUUGCGAAUACUGCUCGGAACUUUAUCGAGUAUUAUGAAUGGGAUGGACUCAGCCAAAACUUUCUAUCCUAUUGCCGUCUCAACAUGGCUCGAAGCAUCAUUCCGCUGCUGAAGACCUUCCGAACUGUCUUGGCCAGCCACAUCGAGAGCCAAGAGUCCCCUCUGCAUGAGCACCCGUACUGGUCCGAGCGCCUGAGCCGCAUGUGCCCCGGCAGCGACUUUGAAGGCUUCAUUCCGCCUAUCAACCUCAUCAUCACCGAGUUCUUUCCAUACUACAAGUGCACGACUCCGUUCUGGAUUUCAGAUGACUGGACCAGGCUCUGUGCCAUUGAGGCAUCUCUCGAGAGUGACCGUGUAUGUCCCUGACCUCCCAUCAUCGAGUCGGCGAUGAUCGACCCGUGCUUCACAGAAUCAUCUCCUCACUCCGCGUGCUCUGUUCCUUCCCUACCAAUGCGCUGCGCUGUG